UAUUAUUUCCCCGGAUUUUAUGUGGCUUAGGUAAGUAGCAACGGUACACAACAAGGUGGAUCUGCCGAAGAGCCUCGGCUGAAUGUUCAAGACAGGGUUCUCUACACGCCGAAUCCCUCUCUCUCUCUCUCUUCCAACAAACUUUCCAAUUCUUGUUCUCAGGAGGCGAAACCUGUCACUCGUAAUCUGAUUUCAUUCAUUUUGCAUUUCGCAAAACCAUCCGGUGUGUCCGACAUAGCAUUCUUUGACUCCGCGACCUCUCACCGUAAUCAUUUGCAUCUUUGUACGGAGACGGACGAAAUGGCGGCUGAGCGUGUUACUUCUCUCCUGAAGCAUCUAUCGCCGAACAGCUCGUUGGCGGCGAUAACCUCCAAGAGUCCCGACGAUGUAGUCAUUACCCUAGCCCUCCGGACACCACUCUGCAAGGGCCGCAAGGGCGGGUUCAAGGACACAAGCCUCGAGUAUAUCAUGUACGCUAUCUUGUUAGCUACACGUGAACGCAUGGGCUUCUCGCCAGAGCUCGUCGACGACAUCUGUAUGGGAAAUGUUUCCGACGGCAAAGCAGCCUACAAGGCCCGCGCCGCAGCCCUCGCCGCGGGCUUCCCCAACACCACGAGCGCAAGCUCCGUGAACCGAUUCUGCUCCUCCGGCCUCAAGGCCACGGCCGAUAUCGCACACGCCAUCGCCGCAGGCUCGAUCGAGGUUGGUAUUGCCGCUGGCGCUGAAUCGAUGUCAAUCGGCGGCGAUGCACUUGAUGCGCCAUUCGACGAGGAGGUGCUCAAACAUAGCCAAGAAGCUCGAGACUGCAUGGAGGCCAUGGGGUGGACAAGCGAGAACGUCGCGCGUGAUUUCGGGCUGACCCGUGAGGUUAUAGACGAGUACGCUGCUGAGAGUUUCCGCCGUGCUGAGGAGGCACAAAAGGCUGGUUGGUUCGAUGACGAGAUCGCGCCCGUCACCACCAAGGUCAAGGGUCCUGAUGGUGAGCUGAAGACAGUCACUCUGACCAAGGACGAGGGCAUCCGGCCAGGUACAACGGCGGCAGGGCUGGGCAAGAUCCGCGCCGCUUUUCCUCAUUGGGGACCUAUUACAACCGGUGGAAACGCCAGCCAGGUCACCGAUGGCGCUUCAGCCGUUGUGCUCAUGAAGCGUUCCAAGGCGAUUCAGCUGGGUCUGCCUGUUAUGGCCAAAUAUGUUGGCACAACUGUCGCGGGCCUGCCGCCGCGCAUCAUGGGCAUUGGACCCACGGUGGCUAUCCCGAAGCUGCUAAAGCAACACAAUUUGUCGUUGGAUGACUGCGAUAUUAUCGAAGUUAACGAGGCGUUUGCCACAAUGGCCGUCUACACCAGGGACUUCCUGAAACUGGACCGGAACAAGAUGAACCCGCGUGGUGGUGCCAUUGCCCUGGGCCACCCGCUGGGAACCACGGGCGCGCGACAGAUCGUUACUGGUCUUAGCGAGUGUCGCCGGACGAAGAAAAAGAUUCUGUUGACGAGCAUGUGCAUUGGCACGGGCAUGGGUAUGGCUGGUUUGUUCGUCAACGAGCAAGUAUAAAAUGUACAUAGUUGCACUAGCGACAGCGCGAAAGAAGUUACACGUGCGUAUUUGUGGAACGAUAUAUAGCGGUAAAGCGAUCAGAAGUUAUUUUGACUAUUACAAUUUUUUCCCCUUGAUUCAUUCACUCUCUUUCCAGCUGCUAUCAUAUAUCCGAGGUAUCGUGCACAUGUUAGCCUCAGAUCAGACAGACCGCAUAAAAUUAGCUCUCAGAUUAUACUAUAUUUCUAUCUAUCAGGUAGAUAGCUUUCCCAAACGCCU